AUGCAGCUUCCUCUCUUCAUCAAGAUGCUUCCUCUCUUGAUCAAGAUGCUUCCUCUCUUCAUCAAGAUGCUUGCUCUCUUCAACAAAGUGCUUCCUCUCUUCUUCAAAGUACUUCCUCUCUUCAUCAAGAUGCAGCUUCCUCUCUUGAUCAAGAUGCUUCCUCUCUUGAUCAAGAUGCUUCCUCUCUUCAUCAAGGUGCUUCCUCUCUUCAUCAAGGUGCUUCCUCUCUUCAUCAAGAUGCUUCCUCUCUUCAACAAAGUGCUUCCUCUCUUCAUCAUGCAGCUUCCUCUCUUCAACAAAGUGCUUCCUCUCUUCAUCAAGAUGCUUCCUCUCUUCAUCAAGGUGCUUCCUCUCUUCAUCAAGAUGCUUCCUCUCUUCAUCAAGGUGCUUCCUCUCUUCAUCAAGAUGCUUCCUCUCUUGAUCAAGAUGCAGCUUCCUCUCUUCAACAAAGUGCUUCCUCUCUUCAUCAAGAUGCUUCCUCUCUUCAUCAAGAUGCUUCCUCUCUUGAUCAAGAUGCUUCCUCUCUUCAUCAAGAUGCUUCCUCUCUUCAUCAAG